UUUUCGGCAUUUACACUCUUAAGUUGCAGGUUUCGACGUUCGAUGGCGUAAAAGCAGCUUAAUCACAACACAUUUCCGACAACUGCCAACGUGGCAACAAAACUCCGGCGCAUCUCUUCUGAGGGAGGGAUUCACUCGGGGAACGGGGCUUUGUCUUUACGAAUUCCUCUACUCCUUGCAACGUACAACAAGCAAGACUCGAACUUUUGUGAUACUGCCCGUGGGCAGCUGCAGGCGCCAUGCUCCGACUCUCGCAGCUCCCAUGGGGCAUUGCGGUCCUCCUCGCUACAUCCUGGCUUCCCUCGACACACGUUUCUGCCUCGCCCUCGGUCAAUGUUGCGCUGAAAGCAGCAUUCCCUUCGCCUCCUUACCUUGUGGAGCUGCUGGAAACAGCAGCUUCCGAGAACGCGACUACCUACUUUGCCCUCCUCGACCGAAUUGCGAAAGGGCAUUUUGUCGAAGCCAAGACCGACAAGGCGUUAUAUGAAAAGUUCGUCCAAGUUCUGCGUGAUGAUGGGCAUGUGGAUGGGGAGGCACUGUCGACAUUCAAGUUGGCCCUCUCGAUGCGGACGGCAGCACCCCGAGUGGAGGCGCACUAUCAAUACUACACAACUGCGGUAGAACCGUCUCUGUCCGGAGACCAGGUUGGGUGUGGGCAAUGGUUCUUCGUGGACGGGAAGCAGUACUGCACACCUGCGCUUGACGAGGCACACAGCGAAGUACAGGAGAACAACCAGGGACGGCCCCUGCCAUUUGACCGCAAGUUUGGGACUGGCUCCCGCGAUGUCAUUCUCUACGCCGAUAUAACGGCGCCGGACUUUGGUACCUAUCAUGAAAUCGCCAUGAAAUUAGCCCAGAGUGGGGAGGGCGCGUACCGAGUCAGGUACAGGAGAAGCCCAGCCCACCCAACCGAGGCGCUCUCCGUCAAUGGCUACGGAGUGGAACUCACUCUUAAGCGGACGGACUACAUCGUCAUCGACGACCGAGACACUGGUGCCGCCAAGUCACCGGGGGGCGAGGCUCAGAAGCCUAUCGGGUCCUCCGAAGUCGUGCUCGACGAUGAGGAGGUCACAGAUAUCAAGCCGCUGGAGAAAUCCGAGCUUGCAUCCCUGGGCAUGAAGGCAGCGUCCUUCAUUAUGCAAAGCGAGUCGCCAUUCGAGACUCUGCUAAAGCUCACCCAAGACUUCCCCAAGUACUCGACUUCUCUCGGAGCCCAUAACGUCUCUGCUGAGUUCAAAGCCGAGCACGAGGAUAACCGGAAGGUCCUAGUCCCCGAGGGUAUGAACGUGUUGUGGAUGAACGGCAUUCAGCUGAUCGAACGCCAAAUCCAACCAUUCGGGCUCGUCGACUUGCUCACACGGGAGCGCAGGCUGAUCAAUGGUGUUCUUGACCUUGGCCUUACCGGACAGCAAGCCAUCUCCUUGUUGGGACACACAGAGGUGGCCCAGGCAAAAUCGGGGGGCGAGGAGCCGCGCCGUUUCGACUGGCGCGACGAGAUUGAAGAUGGCCGAGUUAUUGUUUGGCUGAACAACCUCGAGAAGGACAAGCGGUACCAGGAAUUCGCCCCCAGCAUCUGGGCCUUGAUUCAGCACUUUGGCCAAGGCUUGCCCCAAAUCCGGAAGGAUAUUUUCAACCUAAUCGUCCCUGUGGACUUCACCAAGCCCGAGGAUGUCAAGAUGGUCACGACGCAGCUCUUGUCCUUCAUGAAGCGGCUGGUUCCAAUCCGGUUUGGCUUGGUCCCACUUACUCCCACGGGAGAGGCCAUUGACCAGGCCAAGGUUGUCUACUACCUCUUGGAAACUCACGGCCUCUCAGCAGCAGCCUCCUAUCUCGAGAAGUCGCUCGAAAACCAGAAAACUGCUAAGCCUGACGAGAGUAUCUUCAACGAAGCCACCAAAGACCGGCCCCUACGGCCAGAGGCUUCCGUGCUGUCGUUCAAGGACAUUUUUACAUCUGAGGGCCACGAGAAGCAAAUCCAUCUGGCUAAGCACUGGGUGGAGCGUCUGCGUGCUGGUGGCGAGGUCCCUUCCGUCUUCAUGGACGGCUUCGCAAUUCCCCGGGACGAGAAUUGGCUUCGAGCCAUGAAUCAAAAGCUCAUGGGCGAUCUGCAAGCUCUUCAACAGGCCGCGUACUUUGGACAGGUCAAUGACGAUACCUGGAUCCCCGGCCGCUUCCUAGAGAACGCCAUCACGAGGCGCAACACGCUCAUCUUCCCCGAGGACGCGAAAGAUGUCAAAGUGCUCAAUGUGAACAAACUGUACACCGAUCACCACAUUGUAUUCAACAAGGUGCCAGUCGUUGAGGCCAAUGAACAAUCGACCAAGGAAGAUUGGGCCGCCCUGACGGUCAUUGCGGACCUGGACAGCCUUGAGGGUCAAAAGCUGCUCUUAUUUGCGCUUCAGUUCCGUAGCGAACUCUCUGGCAUCCGCCUCGACAUUGUGCAUAACCCGAAGGACACCGCUCGCUCUCCCUCGCAGCUCACCCAACGCAUCAAGGCCCGUGAGGCCGAUUUGGCGUCAGCUACCCAGCUUCUUGACCUUGAGACAAUUCUCGAGAGUGGCAAGGCAGAGGCUGAUCCCGCCUACGAUGCUGCGCUAACUAGCUUUCUGGCCGAUGUCAGUCUCAAGGAGGGCGACAACGCGCUAAUACUGAACGGUCGUGUGGCUAGCCCCAUCGUGUCGGCUGAAGACUUCAAGAAGGAGGAUUUCGAACAGUUUCUUGAAGCCGAACGCGCCAGCCGGAUCCUACCAGUCUACAAGGCCGUCGAGGACCUGGGGCUCGGAGACAGGAUCUCGGGCCCAUUGGAUGCUGCUAAGCUGACUUCUGUCACUGCCCUCUCUGGCAUCUCAGAUCUCCCGCAGGGCAUUUUUGACUCGGCGUCCUCGGCCAGGACGGCUGCUUUCAAUGAAUUGAAGUCGGCUCAUACCUCGUUCCAGGUCGGCGAUGCCUCCACGGCAACCAUCUUUUUCGUCGCUGUCAUCAACCCCGCCAGCGAGGUGGGCCAGAAGUGGGCUGCCGUGCUGAAGGUGCUCUCAGAACUUGAGGGUGUCCAUCUCCAAGUCUUCCUCAACCCUGCUGACGAGCUCGGAGAGCUUCCCAUCAAGCGAUUUUACCGGUACGUUCUCGAGUCAUCGCCCAGUUUUGACGACAGCGGGAAGGUCAAGGCACUGUCGGCCAACUUUGCGGGGGUCCCCCAAGACACACUCCUGGUCGCGGGCAUGGACGUGCCGCCCGCCUGGCUCGUUACGUCCAAGGUCUCGGUCGAUGACCUGGACAACCUCCGCAUCAAGGACAUCAAGGCCAAAAGGGGCACAGAGCACAUCGAGGCGGUUUACCAGCUGGAGAACAUCCUGAUUGAAGGGCACUCGCGCGAGAUGCCGGCAGGCCAGCCUCCUCGGGGCGUGCAGCUCGUCCUAGGUACUGAGAAGGACUCGCACUUUGCCGACACCAUCAUCAUGGCCAACCUCGGUUUCUUCCAGUUCAAGGCCAACCCGGGUGUUUACAGCCUCCGGCUGAAGGAAGGCCGGAGCUCCGACAUCUUCACCAUGGAAAGCCUCGGCGCCGAGGGUUGGACGCCUGUUCCCGGCGACGACUCGGCCGAAAUCGCACUCAUGAACUUCCAGGGCACAACACUCUACCCCCGCCUGAAGCGCAAGCCCGGCAUGAUGGAGGAAGACGUGCUCGAAGAAACCAACCCCGACGGGGCCGCCGGCACCGGCAACGCCGCCAUGGAGUUUGUUUCCAAAGGCCUCAAGUUCGCUGAAGGCCUCCUCGGCCGUGCCAAGCCCGCCGAGGAAACCAAGUCGCUCUCCGCCACGCAACACGCCGAGAUCAACAUCUUCUCGGUCGCCAGCGGCCACCUCUACGAGCGCAUGCUCAACAUCAUGAUGGUCUCGGUCAUGCGGCACACCAACCACACGGUCAAGUUCUGGUUCAUCGAGCAGUUCCUGUCCCCCUCCUUCAAGGACUUCAUCCCGCACCUCGCCGCCGAAUACAACUUCUCGUACGAGAUGGUAACGUACAAGUGGCCGCACUGGCUGCGCCAGCAGAAAGAGAAGCAGCGCGAGAUCUGGGGGUACAAGAUCCUCUUCCUGGACGUGCUGUUCCCGCUGUCGCUGGACAAGGUGAUCUUUGUGGACGCGGACCAGGUGGUGCGGGCGGACAUGCGCGAGCUGGCGACGCUGGACCUCGAGGGGGCGCCGUACGGCUUCGCGCCCAUGUGCGACUCGCGCACCGAGAUGGAGGGCUUCCGGUUCUGGAAGACGGGCUACUGGGCCAACUACCUCAAGGGCCACCCCUACCACAUCAGCGCCCUCUACGCCGUCGACCUGCGCCGCUUCCGCGAGCUCGCCGCCGGCGACCGCCUGCGCCAGCAGUACCACGCCCUCUCGGCCGACCCCAACUCGCUCGCCAACCUCGACCAGGACCUGCCCAACCACAUGCAGUUCCAGAUCCCCAUCCACAGCCUGCCGCAGGAGUGGCUGUGGUGCGAGACGUGGUGCAGCGACGAGACCCUCAAGGAGGCCCGCACCAUCGACCUGUGCAACAACCCGCAGACCAAGGAGCCCAAGCUGGACCGGGCGCGGCGGCAGGUGCCGGAGUGGACCGAGUACGACGAGGAGAUCGCCGCGCUGGCGAGGCGGCGCAAGGAGGAGCAGGAGGCCGAGGUGGAGAGGAAUCCCAAGAGCAGACGGUUCGAGGAAGAGAUUGUGACCGGGACGGCGAGUGGAAAGGACGAGUUGUAAAUCGUAACAGGAUGGUCGAUCAUUGGGUAGGUAGCAAUGAGUAGAGAGAGCUUCCUGAGCAAACAAGGUGCAAGUCUCAAUUUCGCAAAACUCGCUUGCUGUGAUCAUCUUGUCAUCUAUCAUUUUUGGCU